AUGGCCAUGAAUCAAAUAAAAGGCCACAAUAUCUACAUUGGAGGUAUUUUCAGCCUCAAAAACAAGGCAGCUUUGGCGCGCGCAGACAUCUCGCAUGUUUUGUCUGUUUUGCAUCUAAACGAAGCCGAAAAGCAAGAGACUUUUGAGCCGUACCAGCAUUUUUCAAUAGGAGUCGAUGAUGUCGAUGAUGAGAAUUUAUUGGAGCAUUUCCCUGCCGCUAUCAAGUUUAUCCAAUCCGGUCUAGACAGCGGUAGAGGUGUACUCGUGCAUUGUGCGAUGGGGAAGUCCCGCUCCGCAACCAUUUGCAUCGCCUACCUACUCCACCUGCAGCCUGGGGCCCUCACACCGCAAUCUGCCCUUGCGCUGGUUCGCGAAAGCCGGCCACUAUGUGAACCCAAUGACGGCUUUAUGCAACAGCUGGAAGUGUACCAUGAGAUGGGCUGUCCAGAUGAUGUCACGGACCAACCAGCCUACAAGCGCUGGCUCUAUCGCCGUGAGGUCGAAGACAGCGUGGCCUGUGGCCGUGCCCCAGAGCUCAAGUCGGUCCGAUUCGAAGACGAGCAGCCCAUGCGCUCCCAAGACGCUACUGGCCCCGUUGUCGAAUACCGGUGCCGGAAAUGCAGAUACAAACUGGCCACCAAUGCGUUCAUCGUCCCGCAUGAAGAGGAGAAGAAAAACACCGCCAAGACAUCGGCAACCGCUGAGUGUGGCCACUUGUUCCUCCCCCCCCUGACUUGGAUGCGUCCAAGUCUUUUCCCGUCAGAGGAUAACUCCGAUGCGGAUGCAACGUACGGAGCGCAUCCCGACGAUGCCCCUUUGUCUGGCCGACUCACUUGCCCCAAUCCUGUCUGUGGGUCUAACGUCGGCAAAUUCGCAUGGCAAGGUCUGCGGUGCAGCUGUGGUGGCUGGGUCAUACCCGCCAUCGGCCUCACCAAAGCUCGAGUUGAUAUCGCAAAUCAAGUCAACAUGUCUCGGGGACCUAGAGCUAAUCCUGCCAUCCGCCUGCCUCCGGGCAUGCGGGCCCCGGAAGCUAAUCAUUCGGGUGGGCGUGGGAGUCUCUAA